AUGACCUAUCUUGUAUCUUUAUUAUUAUUGGCCUUAGUUGUUGGUUUGGUUGCAGUAGCUUCUAAUCCCGCACCUUAUUUUGCUGCUUUUGGUUUGGUGGUUGCCGCAGGGGUGGGAUGUGGUGUUCUUGCGGGGCAUGGGGGAUCUUUCUUGUCUCUUGUUCUUUUCUUAAUCUAUCUCGGGGGGAUGUUGGUGGUGUUUGCUUAUUCAGCAGCUUUAGCUGCUGAGCCCUUCCCGGAGGCCUGGGGAGAUCGUUCUGUAAUCGGAUAUGUUCUGAUUUAUGUGUUAGGUGUGGGUUUGGUGGGCGGUAUAUUUUGAGAGACCUGAUAUGAGGGGUCCUGGUUGGUAAUCGAUAAUAUAAAAGAGUUUUCAAUACUGCGGGGUGAUACUAGCGGGGUGGCUGUAAUAUACUCUUCUGGGGGGGGAAUAUUAGUUAUUUGUGCUUGGGUGUUACUUUUAACCCUGUUUGUUGUGUUGGAAUUAACUCGUGGGCUUAGUCGGGGGGCCCUUCGUGCAGUUUAG